AUGGCAAAGGGUUCCGUUGUGGGGAACCUCGCCAAGGACCUGGGACUGAGCACCAAAGAACUAAAACAUCGCAAUCUGCACACUGUGUCUGUGGCUAAAAUGCAGCAUUUCAGUAUCAAUGCAGAGAAUGGAAACCUCUAUGUAAAUGACAGGAUUGAUAGGGAGGGGAUAUGUGGCAAAAAUCCACUUUGCUUUGUUCAGUUUGAAGUUGUGGUAGAAAACCCGCUGAAUGUUUUCCAUGUAACAGUAGAAAUCCAGGAUGUUAAUGAUAAUGCGCCCCAGUUCCUGAAUAGCAAUAUCAAUUUAGAGAUCCUUGAAUCCACUCUGCUAGGCACUCGAUUUCUCCUUGGGAAAGCGGAAGAUCCUGACAUUGGGAUGAACUCCCUACAGGAUUACCAGCUGAGCUCCAAUCAGUACUUCAAUUUGGAAGUUAGAGAGAGAAAAGAUGGAAAUAAAUAUGCAGAACUGGUGCUGCAGAAAUCUUUGGAUCGGGAAAAAGAACAAACCCUUCACUUAGUACUUACCGCAAUGGAUGGGGGUGAGCCUAGGAAAACUGGAACAGCCCAGAUACGGAUUAAUAUCACUGAUGCCAAUGACAACCCUCCCAUUUUCACUCAAGAGGUGUACAAGGUCAGUUUGAGUGAAAAUGCUCCUAUUGGAUCCACGGUGCUCCAGGUCAUAGCCUCUGAUGAUGAUGAAGGUUCAUAUGCCCAAAUCAGGUAUUAUUUCAGCAACAUACCAGCAACUUCCCAAGAGAAAUUCAGUCUAGAUCCCAUUGGUGGCAUAAUCACCCUCUUGGAGCGACUGGAUUUUGAGGACAACGAUGAAUAUACUAUGACGGUUGCUGCAAAAGAUGGCGGAGGAUUGGUGACUCAUUGCAAUAUUGAGAUAAGGGUUCUUGAUGAGAAUGAUAAUGCCCCGGAUGUGACCUUAACCUCCAUGUUCAGCCCAGUUCCUGAAGAUUCACCAUCUGAAACCUUAAUUGCUCUGAUCAAUGUAAAUGACAAAGAUGCCGGUGAUAAUGGAAAAGUUACCUGCUAUUUAAACAGUGAUUUGCCCUUCAAGAUUAUUUCCUCAUCUAACAAUUUCUACAAACUUCUGACAGUCAGCCCUUUGGACAGAGAAAAAGCUCCUGCAUAUAAUAUUACAAUCACAGCCACUGACAAAGGAACUCCGCCUCUUUCCACACACAAAACAAUCUCUCUACAGAUCUCAGAUGUCAAUGAUAAUACCCCUACAUUUCAGAAAUCUUCAUACAACAUCUACGUGCCAGAAAACAAUCCUUCAGGUGCCUCCAUUUUCACCAUCAAAGCCUCUGAUCCCGAUGUGGACCAGAACUCACAGAUCACUUACUCCAUCCUCAACAGCAACAUCGAGGAGCUUCCCAUCUCCUCCUAUAUCUCCAUUAAUUCAGAGACCGGCACCAUUUAUGCCCAGAGAGCCUUUGACUAUGAACAAUUCAGAGAGUUUCGGGUGCAAGUGAAGGCCCAAGAUGGGGGUUCUCCCCCUCUCAGCAGCAAUGUGACCGUCCUGGUGUAUGUUCUUGACAGGAAUGAUAACAGCCAUCUUAUCCUGUCCCCCUCCAAAGAAGCCAAGGGCUCAGCCUUGUUUGAGAUGGUGCCUCGUUCGGCCGAGGCAGAUUAUCUUGUCACCAAGGUGGUGGCCGUGGAUGCAGAUUCUGGACACAACGCCUGGCUCUCCUACCACCUGACUCAGGCCACUGAGCCGGCACUCUUCACGGUUGGUUCUCAUACUGGAGAGAUCAGGACCUCCAGGGCCUUUGUGGAGAGAGACGCUGUGAAACAGAGACUGGUCAUUAUGGUGAAGGAUAACGGGCAGCCGUCUCUCUCGGCCACCAUGACUCUGAACCUGGUGUUUGCUGAGAACUUUCAGGAGGCCCUUCCGGAAAUGAAGAGCCAACCCAGCGGCUCGGAGUAUCAGUCUGACCUGCAGUUCUACUUGGUGCUGGCCUUAGCUGUGAUCUCCUUCUUGUUCCUCUUGACUGUGAUUCUGGCCGUUACAAUGAAGCUCCGUCAAUCAGGGCAUCCCAGGUUCCUACAGUGCUUUGGUCCUGUUCCCCAUUCCAAGAAUGGUGCCAUCUUCCCACCCAACUUUGAAGAUGGGACUUUGCCCUAUUCCUACCAGCUGUGUCUGUCUUCUGAGACCAGGAAGAAUGAGUUUGCCUUCAUGACACCCAAUGUUCAGAUACUAGACAAUAUUCUUGGCAGUGAGAAACCUGCUGUGCCUUUUACAGGCAACAGUGGAAACAAUUUUCAGUCUGAGAUGGCUAAUGGUGAAGAGGUAAGAUUUGUUCUCUGCAGUUACAUGCAUGGUACACUCUGUAGUUCUUUACCGUUAAGUGACAUUUCAAUACAACCUUUUAUACAUCAUAUGUACUUGCCUUUUCAUUUUUCAGACUUUAGUUAAUUUUCCAUCUAGAUUCAUGAAUCAUCAUCUUCUUUAUAUAUAGUAAACAGCUGAGGCUAAACUACCUGUUGCAGGUAUAGUCUAUUUUCUCCAUUGCAUUUUGAGAUUUCUAGUUCAAUCCUAACCAUAUCUACCCAGAUGUGAGUCCUGUUGAAUUCAUUGUGACUUUCUGUCAGGUAAGAGUGCUUAGGAUUUAAGCUUUGGAAUUUGAAUAGUGGGAACAUGAAAUUAAAUGAAGUGAAAUGGAUAUAUAUAUUGCUUAUUUAAUCUUAUGAGUGGGUGUGGAAUGUGCCGACGUUUUUAUUAUAUAAUUGAGAAGGUAUACUUCUUUCUGUAUGGCAGUUGUGUGCUAUUGAGUUCAAUAGGGCUUACUCCCAGAUUGUGCAGUCCUACCUUGGAAGUCAAACAGAAUCCAUUCUGGAAGUCCGUUUGACUUCCAAAACCUUUGAAAACCAAAUUGUAGCUUCUGAUUGGCUGUAGGAAGCUCCUGCAGCCAAUCAGAAGUCUCAGAACCCCCACUGGACAUUUGGGUUCCAAAAAAAUGUAUGCAAACCGGAACAAUCACUUCCGGGUUUGCGGCAUUCGGGAGCCAAAACUUCCGAGUUCCAGGGUGUUCGGGAUCCAAAGUACGACUGUAUUCCAGCUUUCCAGCAUAAGUAGCUUGAACAUUAAAAAAUAUAGUAAAUGAGGAAGAUAAUUAUUUUCUGAUCAUUUCAUGGGGUGGGAGCAAUGUGCUGAUGCUUCUAUUUUAUAAUCAUAGCCCCCUUCUUUUGAAUUCCUUUUGAAUCAAGAAUGGUCAACUACAACAUUCAGUUAUUGGAGUACAAUGUAUCAUUUUUCACCAGUAGUGCAUUGUAGCUACCUGGAUUUAAAAUAAUAUGAUAUGGCUUCACUAGGUCUAAAAUGAUUUUAAUUUCGGAUAUACUAGAGUCCUUACAAAAGUCUGAAUAGGCUACUUGUGGUUCAUGUUGAAGAACAUUGUACAAAGUACUUUGACAUCAUGGUUCGGAUCUAG